UACACACUAAUUUAGUGUAAUGUAACCUAUGCACUAUUCAAGAUGGCACCGAAAGGCAAGUCCGGUGGUGCAAAUUCAGAUUUAAAGCAAGAAGAUAUAUUGCAGGCCGUAGUUUUCGCCGACAGCUUCGUUUCGACUUUUGCACCUGUUUCAGAUGACAUACCACGGGCCCUUUUUCCAGUUGCAAAUAGCGCUUUGUUGGACUACGCAUUGGAAUUUCUCUGCUCAGGGGGUGUGCAGGAGAUAUUUGUAGUUUGCUGUCAUCUAGCAGGCCAAGUCAGAGAACACCUUAAAAAUUCUCGCUGGAAUGAUAAAAGUUCCCCAUGCAAUGUGGUUCCCGUUGUCACAGAGGGAUGCCUCUCCAUGGGGGACGCACUCAGAGACAUUGAUGCCAAGAGUCUCAUACGUAGUGACUUUGUUCUGAUCUACGGCGAUGUUGUAUCAAACAUUAAGCUGCAACCAAUCAUAGACGAACACAAGAAUAGAAGAGAGAAAGAUAAAUCAGCCAUUAUGACGAUGGUGUUUCGAGAGGUCCCCCCAGGCCAUGCCACAAGGUGCCCCCAAGAUGACAUCGUCCUUGCAGUCGACAAUGAGACUCAGAAUGUGAUCCACUACCAGAGGAUUGCUGACUCUGACACCAAACACUUACAGUUUCCAGUGGAGGUGAUUAUGGAGCACAAGGAUGUGCAGAUCCGCUACGACCUGCUCGAUGCCAACAUCAGCAUCUGUUCUCCACAGGUCCCACAACUCUUCACCGACAAUUUUGACUACGAGACCCGGGACAGCUUUGUCAAGGGAAUACUUAUAAAUGAAGAGAUCAUGGGUAAUACUAUCAAGAUGUGUGUAGUGAAGGAUGCGUAUGCAGCCAGGGUCUCCAGUCUACAGAUGUAUGAUGCAGUCAGUCAAGACAUACUUAACAGGUGGACAUACCCGUUUGUCCCUGACGGUUGCCAUAGACACAACAAGGACAACUUCAGCUACGGAAGACAUAAUAUAUAUCUCAGUAAAAAUGUAACACUAGCAAGGGACUGCAUGCUGGUGGAGAAUGUUAUGUUGGGCAGAGAGUCUGCUGUCGGCUCCAAGACCACUAUCUCACACUCUGUCAUAGGAAAAAACUGCAAAAUUGGCAAUAACGUGGUGAUCAAGGGCUCAUACCUGUGGAAUGAUGUGACGGUGGAGGAUAACUGUGUGAUAGAGACUUCUCUACUCUGUAAUAACGUGACUGUGUACAGCGGGGUGAAACUCAGUCCAGGCUGCGUACUCUCAUCCAAGGUAUGUGUGGGUCCAAGCAUUGAGUUGAAGUCUGGCACUGUGGUAGUGCACAGUCAGGAGGACGACUUUGGAGAGGGAACCAUGGACGCUACAGAUGGAGGCUGUGACGCAAUGUUUGGCAGCAAGGGGAAAGCUUUCUUGUACAAGGAUACUUCUGGAGACGACAGUGAUGUUGAGGAAGUCACCAGGCAGGUCUGGGGUAUCACCAUAGAGACAGAGUCGUCUAGUGAUGAAGACAGUGAGUGUAGUGAAGGGAGUGAAUCACCGCCUGACAGCUUGCAACCAGAUGUGCCAGUCUACUACACAGAGAUGCUCGACACAGUACAGAGAUCUAAAGAUGAAAAUAUCAGCUGUGAAAAUCUUAUUCUAGAAAUUAAUUCUUUAAAACAUGCUUAUAACAUCUCCAUAAAAGAGCUGACUGGACUUGUAGUGAAAGUGCUCCUGGAUCAACCCUUCUCAGAGAACCCCAGUCUCUCAGGGGCCCAGGCCUUGAAAGUGCUCACUGAUAGUUUGAAGCGGCACCUGAUGGUUUUAAAGAACUACAUCAAAAAUGAGGAAUCUCAGAGGCAGUGCCUGGAGGCAAUAGAGGACUUUGCGAGUGCCAGCUCUGCUCAUCUGCAGCUGGUAACGAAAGUGAUCCACUUCCUGUACGAGGCAGACGUCCUCCUGGAGCAGACGAUCUUGAAAUGGUACCGACAGGUGCCUAGCAACCGUAACCGAGGCAACAACAGUGAUGACGAGGAUCUGGAGGACCGUGACAACAAGCAUGCUGAAGUCAGGAAACAGGUAGCUCCACUAAUUAAGUGGCUGGAGGAGGCAGAUGAAGAGUCAUCUGAAGAAGACUGACACCUGCAGGUCACAUGACACCUAGUCACAUGACAGUGGGGAUGUGUGUAUGUCAGAGACAUUAAGUGUACUACGUGUUGGGAUAUAUGUUUAUGAUUUGGAAAUGGGUCUGGGACCCAUUAAAUUUGGAAUUUCACAUUUAAGAAAUAAAGUUGAUAAACAGUAA